AUGUCAUCGAAAGAAUCAGUAGAAGAAUGGUGGAAAGAAGAGUUUUUAGAAAGCGUAAGAAACUACAGGCGCGUAAUGCUGGUAAUGAUCUCUUUGGCCACGUCUAUGAAAUUGCUUAUACCUCUUUGAUACACUGCAGACUUUAUCACACAUAAAUUAAGCAUCAUAACAUCAGUGAUAACUAUGGUUACGGCUGUGUAUUUAUAUAGAGUUAACCUCAAAUACAAUUUAUUUACUGUUUGAUUUUCUAUACUUUCAGCUGAAGCAAUGAAUAUUUUUCUGUUUUUAAUGUCAAGACAUAUUGGAGAGGAAGCCAAAAACCUGCUUUUAAUGGAAACGACUUUGAUUACUGUUCUUUUGGAGUCUUCCUUACUCUCUUACUUAAAUUGAAAUCAAAAAACUGUUUACUCUCCUCUCCAUGAGCGGACAAAAAAAUGUUGUUCGCUCACAGAGGGGGAUUAAUUUUUUUUAAAAAUGUAAGCUGUUUAAAAUUAAACAGAUUUAGUUAUAAUAAUUAUCACUUAUAUAUCAAAAUAUUUUUUUUCAUAAAAUUUUUUGUUCUGCAAAAAAUAGGGAUUUUUCCUACUAUUUUUGUUCGCUCACAGAGGAGUGAGUUAAAUUUUGUUUUUAAAAAAAUUGAUAAAAUUAUUUAAGAAAAAAUAAAUAAAUUGAUUACAUUUUUUCAGAUUUAAAAGCAGGCUAAUUUAUCCAAAAAAAAGGAUUUUACCGAUACUUUGUUCCAAUUAAAGGGAGCUAAUAAAAUCGUUAGUCCUUGUAAAUAUUGUCUUGCUGAAGCAUGUCCUCAUGUGGUAUGGGUAUAAUUUCUUGUUUGGGCUAUCUGCUCUGCCAAAUCCGAUCCAGAUGAUACCCGUACUGGUGGUAUUAGGUAUUCAUACAUCUCGAGAAUUUCUCGUCAGGAACAUUAGCUAUGGUAGAUAUUCUUACAGGAAAAAACUUGAAUUAACUGAGCGUAGGCUCGCAAUUAUUUUGCGUGCUUUUCCAGACGGCUUAAUCAUAUUUGAUACUAAAUUCAGUCCUGAACUUAUAAAUGAAAAAAUGCUUAACUACUUGGACUGCGGAGAAAGCGUUGCUGUAGACAAGCUAAGGGAGCUAGAGUAUGUAGAAGACAAAAAGCUUCAAAAUUUAAACUCCAGUUCAAGGAACCUAUUUCAAGACUUGCAAUCUUAUUCUAAUUUGUCAAUUAAUGAAGAAUUAAUACUUGGAAUCGUGCAGAUUGGCGAAAUGAUCUUGCAGUUUAAGGUCAAAAAGAUAUCUUUAGAGGGAGAGGAAAUAGUGUUGGUGAGUGCGGCAGAUUCAAGACAAAUAAUCGAGCUGGAGCAAAGUGCUGCUGAAAACCGCACGAAAAAAUUCAUGCUGAGAACGAUUUCGCAUGAAUUAAGGACACCAAUUUCAGCUAUUAUCUCAUUUGCAGACCAGGUUUAUGAGCGCUCUUUAGAUGAAGCUGCAAGGGAAAAGAUCUCACAUAUUCGCAUUUCUGCGAAUCUUUUGCUGCAUUUUAUAAAUGGAAUACUUGACUACACUCAGCUGAUUCAAGGAAUGUUCAAGCCAAGAAAAAUGGAGUUCAAUAUAAGGGACAAGAUUUCUGAAUGCUAUGAAUUAUUUCAGUAUAUGGCAAAGCGCAAAGGCAUAAACUUGAUUUUAAGAAUCGACCCUGAACUGCCAGAAAUUGUAUAUACGGAUCCAGAUCGACUAAGCGAGGUCUUACUAAAUUUACUAACUCCGUUUCUCCCUGAUAUGAGAUCACUCCUUGGAUAUUAAUUUUUUUAUUUUAAAAAAUGGCAUUGCCUAAAAAAUCCAUAUUUGCGAAAAAUUUGUAGGUAAAAAAAAUUAUCAUAUGCUUAAAAGUGAAACUGUUCAAUUGAAUAGAAAUAGUUUUAUUUCGUAUAAUAAAUUAUUACUUAUAUUAAAAUUAUUUUUAUAUUAAAAAUUUUUUAUUGCUUACAAGUUUCUAAAAAGUAGGAUUUUCCCAAAUUCAUUAUAAUAUAUAUCAUUAUAUUAUUGUAAAAUAUUUUUAUAUAAAAAAAAAAUAUUUCGAUGGGCUAUCCUAAAAAAGUGAUUUUAUAGGUUUUGCUCGUUUGGAGUAGCAGAGGGAGUAAGCAACGCAAUUAAGUAAUAUUUAUAUAGAUUUACAACGAAAGGAAGAAUCGAACUUAUAGCUAUUUAUGCAGAAGACGAAAGAUUAAAAAUUUAUGUAAGUGAUACUGGAAUUGGCAUUCCUGAAGAAAGAUAUAGCCAAAUAUUCAAAUUAUUUACUCUCCCUCCAUGAGCGAAAAAAAAUUUGUUCGCUAAAGGAGGGAUUAGCUAGAGAUUUCAUUAUAAUAAUUAUCACUUAUAUAUCAAAAUUUUUUUUCAUAAAAAUGUUUAUAUUAAAAUAGUUUUGAUUUUGGAAGAUGGGCUCUGGGCAAAAAAUAGGGAUUUUUUUCUGAUGGUUUUGUUCUCUCAGGAGAGGGAGUUAGAAACUCAAGCGUUGAUCAAGUUGCUCAGCAUGGCUGUGGCCUUGGCCUUCAUUUAUCAAAUCUGAUCGCUUAUGAGCUUGGAAACUCAGAAAUCCAAGUUAGCUCGAUGCCUCAAAGAGGUAGUGUGUUUGGCUUUAAAGUUGAUAUAGCCGAAAAUAACUUUAAAGAAUUCGAAAGCUUUGACUGCUCACAGGAAUCUUUGGAGUUUGUCAGCUCUUUGAGACAUUUUGACUCAAUCCACAACUACGAUUACCCUCAAGUAUUAAUUGUUGAUGAUAAUGAGCUGAACCGGGAAAUUCUUGUUGCCAUGCUGGAUAAACACAAUAUUAAAUACUUAGAAGCAGUCAAUGGGCAAAAAGCGGUAAAAAAGACACUGAAGCAAAAUUUUAAAAAAAUGCCUUUUAAGUUAAUUAUUAUGGAUAUCAGUAUGCCAAUAAUGGAUGGCUGAGAGGCAACAAAAAGAAUAAAGCAGUUAUAUGAGUUAGAGUUAAAUUAAAUUGUAGCUAAUCAUUGCAUUACGUAAAAUUAAGUAUUUAAAGUAUCUAGUAGAUGUGCUAAGUGGCAAAAGCCUGAGCCUCUUAAUACACUAAGGAGCAGUUCCUCUGAUUAUCCGAAAAGUUAAACCGCGUUGCUUUGCAGAAGUUCUCGAGGUAAAACCAAAUCCCAUAAAUAAAAUUCCAUGAGGGAGAGAAAAUUAGCAGAGCUAAUUUCUUUCGAACCGAAUGCCAUUUAUUUAUAAAUUAUAGCUAAUCACCUGGAACUAUUUCAGCCUCUACUCAUUCCAGGCCGGAUUCAGGCUCAGCAUCGGUAUCGCAUCACGCCCUUUAACUGUAAAGGUCGCCAAAAUAGUGAUUCCAGCAGUCUCUUGAGGAGAAUCAUCUGCCAUGAUUGGGCCUAACCUUGAGACAGGGACUCUCUUAGCCCUGAUAUUGCUCAGUACACAAAGAAAACGGCCACUUCCCUCCUUCUGGAAUAUUUUGCUUUUAUCAGGCAUAUAAUUGCUUCCUAGAAGUUCGAGUCGAUUUUGCGCCUGUGUUCGUCUUCUGUAGGACAAGAAAAAAAGCUUUUGAUGGUGUUUUGACCAGGCAAAACCCAAUCCGAACUUUGUAAGUAUGAAAUCCACUUAUCUGAGGUUGGGAUCAACUUAUUAGUCACUCCGAUCUAAUCAUCACUUGCCGUCUUUAAAAAGGGCAGUUCUAUGAAGAAGGCAAACUUAGCAGUAUGCCAGCUAUCGUUGGGCAUACUGCGUAUACAUCUGAUAAAGAUGUGAUGAUGUGCUAUGCUUCAGGAAUGAUUUCCUAUUUAGCAAAGCCUGCGGCAAGUGAGGCAAUAUACAGAGUUUUACGACAAUUCUUGCAAUUGAACUAG